CCAGAAUCCCAUACUGAACACACAGGACAACCGCAUGAAUUACAAAGAGGGCAGAAGCAGACGCUUGCCCACAGCCAAGAUGGCCGACCGCCGGAAGUACGUCAUCGGGAUUGACCGGAACUUUUGAUUCGCGCAAGGAUUCCGCACACUACAGAGAGAACCAGAGGAGCGGGUGAUGAACACGGCGUGUUUCUGAGAUCGGAGUCCUCAUGAUUUCCUCACAGCCCCACGGGGUCACUCCCCAGCUCAGCCCGCAGGAGCUUUCCCUUCAGAUAAAGUCCUUUUUAACUGGCUCAGACCCCCAGCAUGGGCAGAAGCUAAGCCUACGUGACCACGCCAGAUGCUCACUGCUGCUUUUACGCUGCCUGCCUCCUGCUCGGCAUGCUGUGCUAGAACACCUACGAUCUGUUUUCCAUGACAGCGUCUCAUCGUUUCUAAAUCAGAGGGACUCUCAGGAUUGCCUUCCACAGUCGUCAUCCUCUCAACGGAGAGCACCCCAGCCUCCACCAUCUACUCCGGGUCUGGAUGAAGUGACCAAGGAAGUACAGAAGGUAUUAGAGGAGUUCAUAAAGCUAAAUCCCCGGGCAUGGGCACCUCUUAUAUCUGCUUGGUCCAUUGAGCUUAUGGGGCAGUUAAGCAGCAAACAUGCAAAUAGACAGGGCAUGCCGCACUCUACCAGUCUGAAUGAACUGUUGCAGCUAUGGAUGUCCUGUGGAGCUACCCGCGUGCUUAUGGACAUCUACACGCUCUGUCUGUCUACUAUGAUUGACAGCUGCCCCGAUGCUUGUGUAGAUGCUCUUCUGGAUACCUCUGUACAACAUUCUCCACACUUUGACUGGGUUGUAGCUCACAUCGGGAAUUCCUUUCCAAGCACCAUAAUAAGCAGGGUGUUGUCCUGCGGCCUCAAGGAUUUCUGUGCUCACAGCUCAUUGUCCGAAACGCCUGAGAAACGAGUGCCAAAGUUGGGGUCAGUUGUUGGCAUUCUAGGCCAUUUAAGCUCACGUCAUGGGAAUAGCAUCCGUCAGGAGAUUCUCAGGAUGUUCCAUGAAAGCUUGCGUCCUGGAAGCAAGCAGCAAAGGGCAACAUUACCGUAUCUCUUACAACUUGCUGCUCUCUCACCAUCCUUGUUGGGUACUGUAUGCCAAGACCUGGUGGACUCUUUGAAGCCCUCCACACUCUCUCAACUACAGCAGCUCUGUUCUACACUGCCACAAAAUGAACUGGACAAUAUGCUGAAUUUAUGUAUCCACCUGGCAUGUCAGACAUUCACAGGUGCCCCACGUCUGCUGCGCUUUCUUCUGGAUAAAGCAAUGCCGGCCUCGGUUAUAACAACACCAGGGCUUGCAGUGCAUGAUUCUGUGAGGGAAGCUUGUGAUCGUAUUGUUAGGCUUCUGCUACUCAGUCUCCAGAAACAAGUGUAUGGACGAAUCGGGGGAAGAGCAGUUUCUGAUGCUCCGCCAAAAGCUGUGCCAUUCUUGGAUGCAAUGAGGGGGCAUUUGCCAGAGCUGUGUGCGGAAAUGCUUCGCUUAGAAAGGAAACGCCAUCUGUGGCUUCAUCAGCUUCUGGGUCUACUCUGUAUAUAUAGCAGUCCCCCAUGUGCCCCAGAAGCACUGUGCCUGUUACUAACCCUGGCCCACAGUUCAGAGGAGUUGGGUCUGGCCGUCCAGCUUCAUGCUGUGCUUUCUUCUUCUAUGCAAGGUUUAGCUCAAGCAGCAGUAACACGUUGUGUGGCUCAGGUUCAUGCUGGUGCCCUGACAGAUAAGAGAGCACUUCAGCUGCUGCAAAAUCUGGCAUUGAUUGUUCAGAGUGAAGAAGGUGGCAUGGGCAGGGAGGUAGGUGCGGCACUAUCGGAGUACUUAUCUGACUUUGGUCAUCUUCUGUUGCACAGCAAUGCUGGAGUGUGUGAAGCUGCCUGCCUGCUACUGUGUUGUUGUCCUUUGCCUUCAUCUCUUCCUCCUGCCCAGCUUCACCUUCUUAUUCGCUCAUCUUCUUACCUCCUGUUCCAUUCGAUGCAUAUACGCAGUAGCACCGGAAUAAGUAGUGCUUCUCGACUGCUCUUAAAACUCUGCAAAGUAUCUCAUGUUGCUAAGAAAGCAGUAUUACACCAGCUAGUAGAAGGGGCUCUGCAUCAGGGAAAUGUUGGGCUCUUUGGAGGGCAUAGCAAAAACCAAGCUGCUCAGAAACUAGAAGGUGCAUCUGCCUCUCUGUUGGAGAACAACAGCCAUCUUGGCUCUACCGUUGACUUCUCAGGAAGUGUGUGGUCUGUCUUUCAUGCAGGAGUCAUUGGCUCAGGGUUAAAACCAGAAGAAAAAUCUAGACAAAUUGGGCAGGUAGAAUGUACAGAAAAUACCCAAAGCUUGCUUUCUCUCUUAUGCUCCUGCUGUGCCAAAAAUGGAGAAGAGGAUGGUCAGCCGAUCACACUGGAUCCUGAGGCUGCUAAGACGUUGGCAGUGACCAUCACUGAAUGUGCUUGCCCCGAUGUGACAAAUAGCGAGUUGUCUUGGCCUCCAGAAGAACAUUCGAGAACCACAGUACAGAGGGACUUGCUGAUUUACACUUGCUUCCGGAAGAACCCGUUACUUUUUCAGCUCCUCCAUGUAGUCGCACAAGGUUGUCCUGCCCUUUGCUAUUGCUCAGUUCUGCUUAGAGGUCUUUUAGCUACGCUGUUGGCCCAUUGGGAGGCAUCACGUGGGUCGUCCUCUACAGACUCCCCUUGGCACCUUACGGCAUCCUGUGAGUUAGUGUCAUGUAUGGGAGAGGGACAGUUGCUUCCUCCAGCCCUUGCAAACAUGCACGAGAUGUUCUCUUUGCUUGCUCCAUAUGAGGUCCGCCUUCUCCUUCUCAGCGUCUGGGACUUUGUUCGGGAAAAUGGACCAUUCCCCCAGAGGUUUGUGUUUCAAGCAGGCAAAGGGAUAUUCAGUAGAGACUUUACUCGAGAAGGUGAUCCUGCCAAAUACAUGGGCAUUGUGCACAGUGUUUUACAUCGUAACGUUGACCGCCUUGGGCUUUUGUCUGGCAGGUUCCAAUUGUGACACAACGAUCGCUGACUAUUAUGUAUAAAUAAAUUGUCCACUGGAGAGGUCUACCUUGAAUAAAUUCCUUUUUUGUAGUAUUUUAGUAGGUUUCCUGGUACAGUGCAAUGUAAAUAAACAAUACCUAGGUGUGAGAAGUGAUACAUUUAAAAGUUGUUUGACACACUGGAUCAAAUUUUGUUUUAUUAAUAUUAUCUAAAGACAAAGGUGUAGUCCAGCUCACCCC